AUGUCAGGAAGGAGAAGCGCUUCUUCACCCAAAGGGGCAGGGGCCGUGGCCUUCAGCCUGGAGGCGCGCGAGGGAGGGAAGACCCGCGAGGGGGAGAGGGCUGGGAGAGGGGGGGCGGAGAGGAGGAGGGGAGGUGGCCCGGACAGGGUGUGGGAGGGGAGGGGAGCUGCACAGCGGCAGCCACCGCCUCCUCCCCGCGCCCGCCUCAACUUUUUGUACAGCCCAAAGCGGUACCAGCCAUCAGCCCCUCCGGUCCUGCCACGGACUCCACCCGGGAGGACGCACCGCGGAGUUGGGGGCUGGCUCCCCUAA